AUGCUGUUUCAACCACCCCUCGGACCUUUUGAUACGGAUAAAUAUUAUACUGCAACUCAUGGUGCCUUAAGAUUACUACUUACUUCCAACAAUGACCCUGAUGAAGGGACCGGGGUUUAUUGUAUUGUUGAUCAAGCACAUGGGCUCAUGGGUCCUAAAAUAGCGCAAACAUUAAUCAAUAAUGUCAUUGGAAAACAGAUUGAUUUACUUGGUCGAUAUCCUUAUAGUAGUGAUGUUGCACCAAGUAUCUUAUUUGCUGCCCUUUUUGGUAUAGUUGCGUUGUUGCAUUUGUUUAUAUUCCUCAUCAACACGUAUCGAGGUCACUAUUUUCUUUUGAGUUUGUUUUGGGCAUUUACAAAUUUGAUCAGAUUUAUGUCUUUCGUUUAUCGUGCUGUUUGGGCCCAAGAUAUCAUCAAUGUAAGAAUGGGUAUUGCUGAUGAGAUUUUACUAGUUAUACCAUCAAUUUUAUUAAUUUCUGGAAACUUGAUCUUGGCUCAACGGUUAUUCACAUGGCGACACCCAGUUGGUGGUAGCAGAAAUUUAUUCUGGUUUUUCAUGAUGUCACUUUAUUGUAUUGUGGCAGUAUUGUUGGUUGUGGCAAUUCUUGCAUCAGCUAUACCUUACAUGUACUUCCUAUCACCAUCACGAUUUAAUGUUUACAAAAACUUGAACAAAUUUGUUUGUGUCAUGUUGAUUUCGUAUACUUUGACAGCGUCGUCCUUGAUUGGGUUGAGUUUCUGGUUGCCAACCAAAAAAGAUGAAAGAUUGUACACGUAUCAACCAUGGUGGAUUGAAAGUUUUGCUCCGUUUUAUUUUGUCAAAAAGGGUGCUGCACAAGAAGCAGAAGCCACAUUCAUGAAGCGGAAUUCAAACCAUCGUCAUGCUAUUAGAGUUAUCGCUGCAACGCACCAUCACUACAACAUGGUUGAAGGUUUGACGAAUCAAAGAGGUGACUUGAAGCACAAUAUUUCCUUAUUCGUUGUUAUUAUUUCGACGAUUGGAGUAUUUGUACCAGCUAUUUUGAGAGCAGUGGUUGUUUUUCAAACCCGACAACAAAAAACUUCCUCACCAGCGGCAGCACCCACUUCAAUGUAUUUCUGUUGGGGAGUUUUCGAAUUCGUUAUGAAUGUGUCGUACAUAGUGGGAAGAGCAGAUUUGAGAUUUUACAGACCAGAUGUUUUGCCAGCUCAAGUUCGUGCCAUUAUCACUGCAGAACAAUCACAAAUGGUUACACCAACCCAUAGUGAUAACGAGGAAGAGGAAGAGUACGAAGCUGACGACAAAUAUUAUGAUCAUUACCACCCACAAUACAGCGAUGAUGAUGAGAAUGGGUUUGAUUUUGGUGAUGGCACAAAGUCUUCUCAAUCCAGUGGCGACUUUUUCUUUGGCAACACACCUAAAAAUGAGCGCAAUGUUCAAUUUGAGGAAAAGAGUGAUGGUAUGGAUUCUGAGAUCUUCACUCCUAACCAACACACAUACACAAAUACGCCAGCAAAUGAACCUCAGAAGAAAAUCGACUAUUCCGAUGAUGAAUUCCAGUUUUAG